CUUUGGUUCGCUCCUCCCCGCCCAUUUCCCCCCACCUCUGCCGUCCCCCUCCCACCCCCCGGCUGCCCGCGGUGGUCUGGUCUGGCCCGGCCCGGCGGCGGAGGGAGCGGCGGAGACGGGUGGGGGAGCUGCCGGCGCCCGCGGCCCCUGCGGAGCGGCGAGGAGCGGCCAGAGGGAGCGAGCGGAGCGAGCGAGGAAGCGGCAGCGGCUCUGCGGCCCCGGGCGGCACCAUGAGUGAACAGAGUAUCUGCCAAGCACGAGCAGCUGUAAUGGUCUACGAUGAUGCCAAUAAGAAAUGGGUACCAGCUGGUGGAUCAACGGGAUUCAGCAGAGUUCAUAUAUAUCAUCAUACAGGCAACAACACAUUCAGAGUAGUGGGCAGGAAGAUUCAGGACCAUCAGGUGGUAAUAAAUUGUGCCAUUCCAAAAGGGCUGAAGUACAAUCAGGCUACACAGACCUUCCACCAGUGGCGUGAUGCUAGGCAGGUGUAUGGCCUGAAUUUUGGCAGCAAAGAAGAUGCCAAUGUCUUCGCAAGUGCCAUGAUGCAUGCCUUAGAAGUAUUAAAUUCACAGGAAGCUGGUCCCACUUUGCCUCGACAGAAUUCACAGCUUCCCUCUCAAGUACAAAAUGGUCCAUCACAAGAAGAAUUGGAAAUCCAGAGAAGACAGCUGCAAGAACAACAGAGGCAGAAGGAGCUGGAACGGGAGAGGCUGGAUCGUGAACGAAUGGAACGGGAGAGACUGGAGAGAGAGAGGCUGGAGAGAGAAAGGCUAGAAAGGGAAAGACUUGAAAGAGAGCGCCUAGAACAGGAGCAGCUGGAGAGAGAACGGCAAGAAAGGGAACGGCAAGAGCGCCUAGAAAGGGAGAGACAAGAGAAGGAGAGGCAGGAUCGAGAAAGACUUGAACGACUUGAACGGGAAAGGCAAGAAAGAGAACGGCAAGAACAGCUGGAAAGGGAACAAUUGGAAUGGGAAAGAGAGAGAAGAAUUUCAAAUGCUGCUCCAUCUUUCGACAGCUCCCCGUAUAGCAGUUCACUUCCUGAAUACUCCAGUUGCCAGCCUCCUUCAGCACCUCCUCCGUCAUAUGCAAAAGCAGUCUCAGCACCAAUGUCGGAGGCCACACCGGAGUACGCUGUAGUGACUUCUGCACCACCGACUUCCACUCCCCCUACACCGCCUCUAAGGCACUCUGCAUCACGUUUUGCUACAUCUUUAGGCUCAGCUUUCCACCCUGUUCUCCCCCAUUAUGCUACGGUUCCUCGUCCGCUGAGCAAAAGUUCUCAGCCUACUUCUCCUGUCAAUGCCCCGGUGACUUUGCCUCCAAAUACAAAGCCUGUUGCCUGGUCUGUCCCCAGUUUUGCCCCCCUCCCCCCAUCUCCUCCAGUAAUGAUAAGCAGUCCACCAGGCAAAGCUACUGGUCCAAGACCUGUCCUCCCGGUGUCGGCUUCUAAUCCAGUGACCCAAGUGUCCACGUCUCCCACAGCUCCUAAUGGGCUUCAUGAAAACAUGGCUUAUCCGGUUCCUUCACCUUCUACCUCAGGUCCAACUCUGCCUCCGCCACCUCCUCCCCCCCCACUGCCUUCCUUUCCGCCUCUGUCACUGUCUGGACCUCAAGCUUCUUCUCCCAACUCCCCGAAUGCCUCGACUCCCUCAUCCAAGCCUAGUGUUCUCCCUUCUCCCUCUGCAGCUACCCCUGCCUCUGUUGAGAACUCUCUAAACUCUGUGCUGGGAGAUUCCUCUGCUUCUGAGCCAGUCUUGCAGGCAGCCUCUCAGCCGAUUGAACCUACGACCCAGCAGGGUGUUGUCCAAGGACCACCAGCACCUCCUCCCCCACCCCCCUUGCCUCCUGGCCCAGCUCAGUCUUCAGUAGCAGCCCCACCUCCUCCUGGCCCACCACCACCACCUCCACUUCCACCUUCAGGGCCACUGCCGCCACCACCACCUCCUCCACUUCCUAGCCAAGUUCCUCCUGUUCCCCUUCCACCUCCUGCUCCCCCACUCCCUGCCUCUGCAUUUUCAGUUGGAAACAUGUCUGAAGAAAAUCGCCCUUUAACUGGACUAGCAGCUGCACUUGCUGGAGCCAAGCUUAGGAAAGUCUCACGGGGUGAAGACUCCUCCAAUUCAAGUGGAGGCGGAGGCAGCUCUGCUUCAUCUAAAACAGAUAGUGGACGUGGAAAUGGACCACUUCCCUUGGGAGGCAGUGGGUUGAUGGAAGAAAUGAGUGCCCUGCUGGCCAGGAGGAGAAGAAUUGCUGAAAAGGGAUCAACAGAACCAGAACAGAAAGAAGAUAAAACUGAAGAAUCGGAGUCUUCAACUUCAAAGGUUUCUUCAACAAGCACACCUGAACUAACAAGAAAACCUUGGGAAAGAACAAAUACAGUGAAUGGAAGCAAGUCACCUGUUAUCUCCAGACGGGAAACUCCAUGGAAAAAUCUGCUUGCUUCUGAAAACAGGUUCUAUGAUUCAUUAAACAGACCAAAAUCUACAGCAACAGGGCAACCCAGUGCCAAUGGACUACAGUCAGAAGGUCUAGAUUAUGAUAGAUUGAAGCAGGACAUUUUAGAUGAAAUGAGGAAGGAGUUAACGAAAUUAAAGGAAGAACUCAUUGAUGCUAUCAGGCAAGAGCUCAGCAAGUCAAAUACUGCAUAGAAAGACUUGUACUAAGCCGAUGUGACUCUUUAACUUGAUAUAAAACUGACUACGUUUUGUGAGCUGUUAGAAGAAAAUGGAGACAGACCCUUGGAAGGAGGGAGGAACAACCCAUUCUGAAAAGCUUCAGACACAUCACUCUGGUGAUAUGCUAUUCCCCUCCUAGUUUGCAGCUUUUUUCUGACCUUUACAGCAGGAUGGAAAAGACUCUUAAAGUUACUGUAAUGAUUAUGCAGAAAUUCCUACACCUACCAGACAAGAUCACAGUGCUUUGAAGUCUACUCAUGUCAAGAUAAAAUUGCACACGUUUCAGAAUUUGUUAAGGCAAAAAACAGGGAAAAGCUUGGGAAGGCUUUUCAGAGAGGUUUUCUUUAUUAAUGAAGGAGUUAGCAAGUUAAUGCUGUUGUACUUCAAAUGUAUCUCAGGUUUGUCUUCCUAUCAUAUCUGAUAUUUCCAUGAAUAAUUUAAAAGAUCAGAUAUGUAGAAGUUCAGUUCACAAAACAUGGAACGAUUAGAAACGUGCGCCUUUAAAGGGCAAUAUUAGUAAGUGAAUGACCUAGACAGUGAUGACAUAUCAAGAUUUUGGAAUUUAUGAUAGGAAGCCUCUCUAGUUAGCCUUCAUGCAAUUUUAUAGGAAAAUAAAAAAAGCAAAUACAGUCCAGAGUUUAAAGAUGUAGAUGCCUUCCUACAUUGUUACGAUGCUUUACCAAAUCUAAGACUUCUACAUAAUGCGAAUCAGCAGUCAAAUGUAAAUCAUUAGUAUGUUGUAGAUUUGCAGUAGAUUUUGGGGCUUUUUUUAGAUUUAUGCAUGUGGACAUUUUUGUAAUGUAACACAACACAGCCAGCUUUUUAAUUAAAAGAAAAAUUGCAUGUCACAGAGUAGCCUUUUCAUUUGUAAGGCUUAAUUUAUGCCCAGAAAGAUGCAGGAUGAGAGAGGGGGAAAGUGACACAUUUUUAUUACUUUCUACACUUUUUUCUUCAUCUUACAUGCAUGUGUAAUAAAGAGGAAAAUGCGACUUUUAUCAGUAACCAUGUUAAUGGAACCAGGUACUUGAUCCUUUUGUAUCUUUUUUCAGUUUUCUAUUUGAAAUUCAGUAACGCUUCCAUAAUGGUUCUGAAACUCCCAUGUGAACCUAACUCAUGUCUCAGUGAGAGAACAACAAGUAGGCAUCUUUAUUACUGAGGAUACACCUGUGUAUGUGCAUUUUCCUUUACCUUUUUACCAUGACCCUCUGCUUCACUCUUUUUUCUGAGACUCCUUUUUUUUGAUUGCUUAGUGAAACAGGACAGCAGUUAGUUAUCUUAGAAUGAUGGAGCAUCAGGUCACAGUAAAUGCCCCCUUCUCCUAAUUUAUCUGCCACCCUCCUUACAAAAAAAGAAAAAAAUGAAAACCAACAAAAAACCCCACAGCUCCAUACAACCCAAAUUCUGCAAAGCAGCAAAUUAUAUGCCAUGGGUUUCAGUCAACAAUUUGUGAAUCAUUUUUAUGGGGAGAUGAUACUUUUGUUUCUCGGAGUUUUCAGAUUUUAUGCUUGUAUUUUUUUUUUAAUGUGGUACAAUUCAGUGGAAUAGAAAUUCUGUGAAUUGAAUCUGUAGUGUUUUAGACAAAGAAUAUGGAUAAAAAUCUUCCAUUUUCCUCUGCACUGUCAAUUUUUCUCAGCCAUAACAAUGCUAUGUUUGCUUUGGGAUCUGUCCUGAUCCAAAGGAAAAGUUUGCUCACAACUUUCGGAGAGAACGCUUAGAAGUAUAUGCAGCUCCAUUCAUAGGACAAGUGCUUUCAAUAACAUACUGUCUUAAGUGCUGAACACCAAAUCAAAACAGCACUUACAGCUUUGGAAAAGCUUCAGUGAGCUCCAAUUCAAAUAUCUCCUGUUUCUAUAGGUUCAUAUUCUAAGAGAAGACUGCAGUGGAAAUAUUGCCGUUUAUUAAUUUUUUUAAAGCAAGCAAACAAAAAAACCCCACAAAACCACUUUUCUGCAUGCAUUUAUUGAAGGCAUUAAAAAAAUCCAUAGUAAGCUUGUCAAGUACUGUGUUUUUUCAAACAAGAGGAGGCAUUUUCAUCUUUUUUUGAUGUAAUUUUUUGUUUUACACAGACUUUUUGAGCAUUACGGAAGUUUAUCCAUGUCAGAAAUGAUGUUUGACUUGUUUGUAGGAGAGUUGAGGAGUAACAUAGUGGAAUAGCAUGAAUGGGUAUAAGUGGUCCAAAAUUAAAGGCUGAACUAAUAGAUUGUGCAAGGAACUGGUUUAUGCACUAAACGUUUUGUGCCUUGGUCUACAAUUAACAUGAUUUCUGUUUAAAAGAAAAAGGAACAGAUGUCGUCUUUUGUGCUACUUCUACAUACAUACUUUCUGUAAUCCCAAACUGCCGAACUAGUUCUUUCCAGAAAAUUGGAUUGAGUUAAAGGUUACUGUAGACAUUUCCUGUCCUACUGACAGUUGCUCCGUUUCCAGAGAUUUCAGUAUUGAAAAUGAACUGCAGAAGCUAAGAUUAUUUUGCUUACUGGUAACUAAGUUCUUUAAAAAACAUAUUGUGAUGGUUCUGUGCUUUUGUACAAUGGAUGUCUUAAGCUGAGGGCAGUUUAAGGUAUCUUUUCUAAUGCCAGGAAGGCAUUGCUUUCCUCAACACUGUGAUCUGACCUGUGAUAAACCUGUACCAUAGACAAGUGGCUACCAAGUCAACUGCAAACCAACUGAAUGUAAAAAUCUUAGUGCUGGUGCUGAAAUCUCUUCAGAUAGUCAUAAUGAUUUCCAGUUCAUUGUUUUAAAAAGUUGUCAAGCAUCAAGUGUCAAAGAUUGAAGAUGAUCACUAGUGAAUGUUGACUUUUCAUGCAUUUAGGUUUACCUUGUUUUUAGUUUCUCAGUUCAUUCUCUAUUUUUAUCAUACUGUGUCAUUUAAAAUUUCUUACAUGCUAACAUUUUGUUUGAGCGAAUGAAAUAAAAUUGCAAUACAUACACACUGCCACCAUUUAUUUCUGGAACUUCAUAGGAGGCUUUCUGAGGUUUACUGCUCAAAUUCCCCAAAUUUUUAUUGACUGUGAUAAUUCCUUACUCCUUGCUUCCACCCCUCUUUGUUUCUCCAUCAGAAGAUUAAGUACAGAAAGUGAAGACUUGCCUUACAAAGAAUGUAAUUUGCAGGGACUGUGUAACAUUUAUGAAUGGUAACCGCUGUACAUAAAAUUAAUUUUAAAUAUAUGAUUCGAUUUACAUUCUCACAUGGCAUACAGUUUGGUCUCUGUAUCCACAGAGAACUUGGAAGGGGGGAGGGCAGAGGGCAAGACCAGGUAAAAAAUAAUUACAGUUAGUCUGACUUUUUCUCUUGCUGCUUUUAUGUUCAUGACUUAUUUUCAAUACUGGUAAUAAAAGAAAACCUACCAUGAAAGAUUAAUAUAGCUGUCUGUACACUGAGGACAGUGUUGCUCAUUUUGUCUUAUGGCCAAGUAUUGAGUGUAGCUGUUUAAAUGUCCUUGACUUUGCAUCCUGAAAGCUGUACUUCUCUGCUGUUGCCUUUUGGUUCAGAGGGAUAAUGGGAUUACUGCUGCUUUGGCAAACCAUUGGUACUAGUGCCAAGUUUGCACAAAUCUUAAUGAGUUAUAAAAGUGGGGGGGGGGGGGGGGUUUGUGUUUGUUUUUUUUUAAUAAAACAAUCACUAGAUUCUAAAAUGAUGUGCUAUUGUUGGGGUAGUGUUUAGGCAACAAGUAUAAAAACUUAUUAUUGAAAUUUCUGAACAGUAUUACUAAAUCUUUCCAUCAGUGACCAGAGUUGUACAGUAUCUGUUUUUUAAAGUUGUGUAUUAUAAAACUAGGAGGGUGGUCUGCUGUUGAUCAAACUGAUGUUUAUAAGCACUGUACAUAGGCUCUUUUGAAAAUGUUCAAGUAGGCUCAGUUCCAGUGCUAAAUAGAUAAAGCUUGCAAAAUCAAGAGAAAGUUCCCUCUGUUUUUGGUAGUUGAACAAGACUCGGCUAAUGGGAAGCAAGAAUAAAGUUUCCAGAAGUGACUUUGAAGCCAAGACCUAGCCAUUUUUUGGGCUACUGUAAAUUUUUUUUACUCUGUAGGUUAUCUCUGUGUGUGUAGGGGGGGAUGAUAGAGAGCAGGUGAAAAGGGAAGAAGUUGGUGAUUUCAGUGAACCUGGGGCCAGUGUGAAGUACUUGAAGAAAAGGCUGAAGUUCACUUAAAUUCUUCCUCUUGAGGGGUUAUUUUUUGUGUGUGGAAAUGCUGAGGAUUAUUUAUUGUUUAGUUGCAUCCACCUAGGGGAGUCUAAAUGGAAGAGAGAGAUUAAGUUUGUUAAAUCAACUGUCAUUUUUUCACAUUCAAAAGGCUAUUGAUUUAUGUUAUCCCAUACGAAUGUCUGAUGGGAGUUGCGUUUAAUUCCUUGGAUAUGGUCACCUGAGACUGUUGAAAUUGGUACGUCACAUCAGGAAAUCUGUUCAAAUUGAUUUGGGUUUAUAAUUUGAAUUUUAAAAAAAAGUGUUAAUAGAACUUGGCAUGAUUGUCCAAAAUACAGAAAAGGAGAUGUAGCUCUAGAUGUUGGGAAAGCUCAGCAAAACCUUGAAGUCACAGCAUUAGUGUCUGCAUGUUACCUGGUAACACCUUCACUCGUUGCACAGAGACUUCUUCAGGUAGCUGGUCAUCACUGAUGCUGAAAGUCAAGGAUCUUUGUAAAAUUACUUCCAUUUUAUAAAUGGGUCCCAGUUGAACUCUCAGUCAAUAAAUGCAUUUUCUAAUGUUUA